CAUUGCAGACUAGGCUCUUUUGUUCUAUAAAUUGGUUAAUAUGCACAGAUAUUCUGAAGAGAGUGUCUCAGAGUGAAGUUCUCAUGGCGUCUCUCCAUACAUUGCUGAUUCUGUGCAUAUGUGCCACAGCCCUGUGUUUGCCAAGAUCUUCACUCACAGGCAAUACAGAGAUUGAUGUGGAUAAUGGAAAAGACCAGGAUAUAUUUAAUAUAAAUGAAGCGGCAGGACUUAACCUGAUGGAAGGAGACAUUCUGAUAAAGGAGGGAGAAGGCAGGAACACUAUUCUUGGUGAAGAGUAUCGUUGGCCGACCACUGUGCCUUAUGUCCUCGAUAGCAGCCUUGAAAUCAAUGCUAAAGGUGUGAUACUGAAAGCAUUUGAGCAAUACAGACUUAAGACCUGUAUUGACUUCAAACUCAGGGAUGGAGAGCCAAACUAUAUUUUCGUGUUUAAAAAAACCAGAUGUUACUCAAAGGUGGGGAAUCGACGGAUGGGGAAACAAGAGUUGUCCAUUGGUGCAAACUGUGACAGUUUAGGAACAGUAGAGCAUGAGUUUCUGCAUGCGCUGGGUUUCUGGCACGAGCAAUCCAGAUCUGACAGAGACGACUACGUCACCAUCGUGUGGGACCAGAUUAAAGAGGGUAAAGAGCACAACUUUAAUUCAUAUGAUGAGACGGUGUCAAGCUCUCUCGGUGUGCCCUAUGAUUAUGGUUCAGUCAUGCACUACAGCAAGACAUCCUUCAGCAAAGCCAGUGAACCAACCAUCGUCACCAAAAUACCAGAAUUCUUGGAUGUGAUUGGUCAACGCAUGGAGUUUAGUGACAGUGACCUGCUCAAGCUGAACCGGCUAUACAAUUGUACUACAGCUUCAACUUUUCUGGACUCUUGCCACUUUGAGGAGCCGAAUAUCUGUGGUAUGAUUCAGGGUGAUGGUGGAAAUGCCAAGUGGGCUCGUGUACAAAUGGUAGAGGGCGGUCCAGAGACAGACUACACCAACAUGGGUCAAUGUCAAGGGGUUGGGUUCUUCAUGCAUUUCAGCACAGCCACAGGAACCCAGGGUGAUAAUGCUUACCUGGAAAGUCGCCUCUUUCACCCCAAAAGACGCUCCCAGUGCCUGCAGUUCUAUCACUACAACAGCGGGGGCGUUGAUGACCAGCUAAAGAUCUGGGUGCGUGAAUACACAGUUAAAAACCCCAAAGGAGCCCUGAGACUAAUUCAGAAGAUCAGUGGUGGACUUCAAGGCUCCUGGGAACUAUAUCAUGUUACUCUAGAUGUCUCUGAUAAAUUCAGAGUAGUGUUUGAAGGGGUUAAAGGAAGAGACACAUCAAAGGGUGGUCUGUCUCUGGACGACAUCAACCUUUCAGAGACCCAGUGUCCUCAAUACACUUGGCGCAUUCGUGAUUUACCCAGACAUCUCGCUACAACCCCUGCCGGUUCCAAAACCUACAGCCCCCGCUUCCUAUCCCCAGAUGGUUACUCAUUUCAGAUUGGUUUGUACAUUAAUGGCUUGAAUGAUAGUCCAGAUAAAAUGGCAAUAUACCUCCACUUGACCUCUGGACCCAACGAUGACAAUCUUCAAUGGCCAUGUCCGUGGCGUCAGGCAUCCAUGGAGCUGAUGGACCAGAAUCCAGACAUCCAACAUCGCAUGAAUAACAUUAGGAUGAUCACUACAGAUCCAACCAAGACCUCAACUGACUCCAUGGGUAAUGUUGAGUAUUUCUGGGAUGACCCACGAAAAGUAGGCAGUUUAGUUACUGACACAGAUGGCAGUAAAUUCUACCGGGGGCCGGGUUACGGUACCAGCAAUUACAUCACACAUAAUCGUCUAAAGAGUCGAAGCUUCAUCAAAGGACUUGAUGUCAUCUUCCUCCUGUCCCUUGACGAUGUGACUGGACUUUGGAAGACUCAGACCAGGAGACCAGAAAUCCGAGACCUGCGAUUAGAGAUUGAUGACGCCAUUGGAAGCUCUACAGCAACAGUGGCAAUAAGUGUCUUUGUGGCAGCUGCCAUGUUCCUGGGUCUUGCUGUAGGCGCAAUGUUCUACGUGCGGAGGAGGAGACUGAUGGAAAGAGACGGAGAGAUUGAGCCAGAGAGGACAGAUGGUUAAUCCCAAAUGUCCAUUUAAAAGGACAGUGGACUAGAAGAUCCCCAUGACAUCAUGCAGGAUACAUAAUGAAGCCCUUAAUGGAGAAAAAAAAAAUAUAUUUCCAGAAUUUGUCA